ACUCUCAUUCAAAUCCAAUCAUGCCGGAACUUCAACCCCAAACCACCGCCAGCCCUCCUUCCUACGAUCUCAUAAUCCUCGGCGCCUCCGGCUUCACCGGCAAGUACGUCGUCAGAGAAGCUCUGAAAUUUCUCAACACGCCCGCCUCCCCUCUCAAGUCUCUAGCUUUAGCCGGCCGCAACCCAGCCAAACUAACCCAAACCCUCAAAUGGGCAGCCCACCCGAACUCACCACCGUCCAUCCCCAUCAUCACCGCCGACACCACCGAUCCACCGUCUCUCCACCGCCUCUGCACCCAAACCACCCUGAUCCUCAAUUGCGUCGGCCCCUUCCGUCUCUACGGUGAUCCCGUCGUCGCCGCCUGCGCCGAAACCGGCUGCGACUACUUGGAUAUAUGCGGGGAGCCUGAGUUUAUGGAGAGGAUGGAGGCGCAGUACCAUGGCAAGGCGGCGGAGACCGGUUCGUUGGUGGUUUCGGCAUGUGGGUUCGACUCUGUUCCGGCGGAGUUUGGGUUGAUGUUCAAUUCGAGGCAGUGGGUCGACCCGGCUGUGCCGAACCGGGUUGAGGCUUAUGUGAGCUUGGAGUCGGAGAAGAGGAUUGUUGGGAAUUUAGGGACGUACGAAUCGGCGGUGCUGGGUGUGGCAAAUGCCGACAAGUUGCAGGAGCUCCGGCGGUCCAGACCCAGAAGAGCUAGGCCUGCGAUUCCUGGUCCUCCUCCUAAAGGACCAACCAUAGAACAGCAGAAAGAUAUUGGCCUUUGGGCUGUGAAGCUACCUUCAGCAGAUGCUAUCAUUGUACGUAGAACACUUGGAUUUCUGACUGAAAACCCCCACGGGCUUCCUGGGAGGAACGAGAAUCUUGAGCACAUUGAGAAAAGAGAAGCCUUCUGGUCAACAGUGAAGCCAGCUCAUUUCGGGGUGAAGAUAGGAACCAAGUCACUGUUGGGCAUUUUGCGUAUCAUGAUGGUCGGAAUCUUUAUUGGGCUCUUGGGUAGAUUCUCCUUUGGGAGGUGGCUUCUUCUGAAGUUUCCCUCAUUUUUCAGUGUUGGAUGGUUCAGGAAGAAGGGUCCCUCCGAAGAUGAGGUGAGAAGCGCUUCAUUUAAGAUGUGGUUUGUUGGACGUGGUUUCAGCGACAGCAGUCUUGUUUCGCAGGGAAGCAGAAAACCUAACAUGGAAAUAAUAACAAGAGUGAUGGGGCCUGAGAUUGGUUAUUUGACCACCCCGAUAAUUCUACUUCAAUGUGCUCUGAUUGUUCUGAGCCAACGCGACAACCUUCCAAAGGGAGGAGUUCUCCCAGCUGGCAUUGUGUUUGGCCCAACUGGUCUUCAGGAAAGGCUCCAAGAGAACGGGAUUUCUUUCGAUGUCAUUUCGAAGAAAGCUGUUUCUGGUUAACUGGUACAGCAGUCCGACAAAAUAAAUCUCUAGUUGGAAGUACCCUUUAAACAAUAACAUGCGAUAAACCAGAAGUUGUUUUUGCUUUUUCAUUAUGUUUUGAUAUACCUUAUAAGUAUAACAGUAGUUACAAAUAUUGUGAGAUUAUGGCUUGAUCUGCA